GCCUUUGGGAACUCGCUCCACCGGAAGUCGAGGGAUUUAUCUCUGUCGUUCCUAGUUUAAGGCCUUUUCGGUCGCUCUUGCACGAUGGGUAUUUCCAGGGAUCACUGGCAUAAGCGACGUGCCACAGGAGGCAAGAGGAAGCCUCUGAGGAAGAAGAGGAAGUUCGAGUUGGGACGUCCUGCUGCCAACACCAAGCUUGGUGCCCAGAGAAUCCACACAGUACGUACACGUGGUGGAAACAAAAAAUACAGAGCCCUUCGUCUGGACACUGGAAACUUCUCGUGGGGAUCCGAGUGCUCCACCCGCAAGACUCGUAUCAUCGACGUGGUGUACAAUGCCUCCAACAACGAGUUGGUGAGAACCAAGACUUUGGUUAAGAAUGCCAUCGUUACCAUCGACGCCACCCCCUUCAGACAGUGGUACGAGAGCCACUACGCCACCCCUUUGGGACGUAAACGUGGAGCUAAAUUGACUGAAGCCGAGGAGGAGGCACUUAACAAGAAGAGAUCGAAGAAGUGUGAGGCUAAAUACAAGGCCAGGCAACGAUUCGCCAAGGUAGAACCAGCAUUGGAGGAACAGUUUGCUACUGGACGUGUUCUUGCUUGUGUUGCAAGUCGACCAGGUCAGUGUGGGCGAGCGGAUGGUUACAUUCUGGAAGGCAAAGAGCUCGAGUUCUACAUGCGAAAGAUCAAGAGCAAGAAAGCCAAAUAAAUGUACCACCACAAUUUAAUAAUAAAAUACAAACGUAUGUAAAAAAAAAGU